GAGCCUCCAUUGAUCCGCCCCCCAGUGACGAACUAUGACUCUCGAAUUUCUUAUUUAAGGACGAUUUUCUAAGAACCUCCAAGAUGUUGGGAGGGUUGUUCAUAUACAACCAUAAGGGAGAGGUACUCAUAUCUCGAGUAUACCGUGAUGACAUUGGUAGAAAUGCGGUGGACGCUUUCCGAGUGAAUGUGAUCCACGCUCGGCAGCAAGUCCGCUCUCCAGUCACUAACAUUGCUCGUACUAGUUUCUUCCAUAUUAAGAGAGCGAAUAUCUGGGUCGCUGCAGUAACAAAACAAAAUGUCAACGCUUCGCAAGUUUUUGAAUUCCUUCUGAAAAUGCUGGAGGUGAUGAGCAGCUACUUUGGAAAGAUCUCAGAAGAAAAUGUUAAGAACAACUUUGUCCUGAUUUAUGAAUUGCUUGAUGAAAUCCUGGAUUUCGGUUAUCCUCAGAAUACUGACACUGGUGUCCUAAAAACUUUCAUUACUCAGCAGGGAAUAAAGACAGCCACAAAGGAAGAACAAUCUCAGAUUACUUCACAGGUCACAGGUCAGAUUGGAUGGCGCCGGGAGGGCAUCAAGUAUCGUCGCAACGAGCUCUUCUUGGAUGUCAUUGAAUAUGUUAAUUUGCUGAUGUCUCCUCAGGGGCAGGUGUUGUCUGCUCACGUAGCAGGGAAGGUUGUGAUGAAGAGCUACUUGUCAGGGAUGCCAGAAUGCAAGUUUGGCAUUAAUGACAAGAUUGUCAUGGAUGCAAAGAGAGGUUCAGGCGAUGAGAGUCAGCGAUCGGGAAAGACCAGUAUUGCCAUUGAUGACUGUCAGUUCCACCAGUGUGUGAAGCUGUCCAAGUUUGAGACCGAACAUUCCAUAUCUUUCAUCCCCCCUGAUGGCGAAUUUGAGCUGAUGAGGUACCGCACAACGAAAGAUAUUUCCCUGCCGUUCCGAGUGAUCCCCCUCGUUCGUGAGGUCGGACGCACCAAGAUGGAAGUGAAAGUAGUCAUCAAGAGUAACUUCAAACCCUCGCUCUUGGCUCAGAAGAUUGAGGUGCGCAUCCCAACUCCUCUGAAUACUUCUGGUGUUCAGCUCAUCUGUAUGAAGGGGAAAGCUAAGUACAAGGCUUCUGAAAAUGCCAUUGUUUGGAAGAUCAAGAGAAUGGGAGGAAUGAAGGAAUCCCAGAUAUCUGCUGAGAUUGAAUUGUUGCAAACUGAUACCAAGAAGAAGUGGACCAGACCUCCCAUAUCCAUGAACUUUGAGGUACCGUUUGCCCCAUCUGGCUUCAAGGUUCGCUACCUCAAGGUGUUUGAGUCGAAGCUCAACUAUUCUGACCAUGAUGUAAUCAAAUGGGUGCGCUACAUCGGACGGUCGGGACUCUACGAGACCAGAUGCUAAUGCCAUGUAGCUUGGUUUAUGUCGAGAUCAGUAGUUCAUGGUACUCUGCAGCAUUGCUGUUAUAUUUUUUAUUUAUUUAUUUUUUUAUUAUUAUUAUUAUUAUUUUUUUUUUUUUGAGAUAGGUAUUUGGCUAGCGAGCUAUUCCAUUUAUUAUUUGACCAUAAUUGAAUGAGUUAUAAGUCACCUAUAUCUCUUUUUUCGUGCUUUAGGGACAGAACAAAGUAAUUUACCAUUGAUGUCUAAUCACAUUGUAUCAAAUUAUUUUGUUGUAAAGUAUCCGAAAUUUCUUUUGUUGGUAAAUUAGUGGUCACACAUUUUCUUUCUAGUAUUGUAAAAAAAAAAAAAUUAGCAGAUUGAAUAUCAGUCAGUGAUAGAUCAGAUAGAUCAUAUCAAGAGUGAAAGUUGUCAUUUACUUUUUUUUUUUAGGAUUUUCCGAAGUUGUUAGCCAAGUUUAAACUGACGUAAGAUGUGUUCACCGAGAACAAUAAGAAGAUAGGAUUAGAGGUUGUUGUUAUUAGUAGUUGUUCAUUAAUUGCAUGUGUAAAUAUAUAUAAUAUACAUUUAUUUAGUCAUUUAAUUUUUAUUUGAAAACUAUAGGUUCAUUUAUCAGUUAUAACAAUACCAGUGUAGAAUUAGCCAGUGAUGUUGAUAACGACUAUGGACAUUCCCCCCCCACUUUUGUCUAGCAAUUUUUCGUUUUGUUUUGUCUUUUCCCUUCUGUAUUGUCAUGUAUCUCCGUCAUCAUAGUGUGGAGGAUGUCGCAUCCACAGGUGUUCCAUGUUUAUAUGGUAAGGCAGUGAUAGGUGUGAGAAAGAUGGUGGAUUUUGCUAAAUGACUUUGAAAAAGUGUUCUGUCAAAAAUAAUAGAAAAAGUCUGAUAUUGUUGUUAUGUUUUGUCUGUUUUUGUUGUUGCUACAGUAAACGUUUUGGAAAAUGGAAAUUUUUAAUCAUAUAUGUUUUUUUUAUUUAUUUUUUUAAUUUUAAAAGAUUAAUAUUAAUAUUCAAUGAUUGGAGGGAGAAACACAUUUGAUCAACAUCUUGAAAGUUACACUUUGAUUUUACAUAGCUUGGUUACUCCCAAGAUUUAUUUACAUAAAAGUCUCUGUUGCAUGUGUUUUAAUUUAUAUUAAUUGCUUUCUAACAGUGGGCAAAAAAAAAAUACUUUCCAAUCCUUUUCAUUGGGCUUUAAGGCAUCUUCUCCUUAACAUUAGAUUUUGAAAAUUAUUUAUUAAUUUUCUUUUUGUUUGUUUAUUUGUUUUUCUUCUUCUUUUUUUUUUUUUUUUUUUUUUUUUUUUUGCUUUGGCAUGGUAAGACAUAGCUUUGGUGUAAUGUGACUAAAAUUAUGAGCAGUGGAAGUUUGGCUGAUAUCUUUUUAACAGGUAACCUCUCUACUCUCUGUUGGCCAGGCAGUUUUUUAUCAAUUCUUAGUCAUUAUUAUUAUCAUUACUAUUAUUAUUACUGCUAUUAUUUUGAUUUCAUUAAUUUGAACAAGAAUGAACAAAAGAGUAGAUUUUAGAAAAAAAAUUGAAAUACAAAAGACUAGAACCUUUUCUAAAUGCAUUUUGUAAGAUUCAUCAUACAAAACGGUUAUAUAUAUCAUUAUUUGACUUUAGUGCCCGUGAAUCAGAAUUCAGGGUUGAUUAUACAUUACUUGUUACUUGAUAAUUCCAAUAGUUGCAGCAGUUUGUUAUGAAAUUUUUCUCCUCUGAUAAGACAAAAGGAAAAAGUUGCAUGGUUCUUGCCUGGUCAGCAUGAAUUCUGCCAAACUGUCGAGUCCCGGCUGGCCGAUGUUGUGCGCCCAGGUGAUGACAUCAUGGUCUAUUUAAGUUUCAGGAUGGCAAUGAUUUUUAUUAUCAUUAUGAUGAUGAUUAUUAUUAUAAUUAUUACUGCAUUUUCCAAAAUUGCCCCCCGCCCCACCACCACCACCACCUUCCAAGUGUGUUGAUUCAUCUCUUCUCUCUCUUACGUGUGGGGUUGGCAUAACCUGGCUCGUGACCCCCCCCCCCUUUUUAUCCCACUACCAUCACCACCAUGUUUUGAUGGAGCUCAGCCUUGAUUUACAACCGCUGGUCAUGUAGUUUUAGAGGAACAAAAGUACUCCUCAAUGU